AUGUCUGCAAGGCCAUGUGUUAAUGUCCCCCUGGUGUUUUGGCUCCACAAAAAAGCUCCAGAUGUGGUGUGUAAGGUGCUGCUGGAGCACGGCUGGGAGGAGUUUGACCCUGAGGAGCAGGAGGAAGGAGACUGGAACCUGUAUUGGCACGGCUUGGGUUUCCGCAGCUUAGCCUAUGAGAGUAUUUUGCCUUGGCAGAGGCUGAAUCAUUACCCCAAAACAGCCAUUAUCUCACACAAAGACUGCCUGGCACGCAACCUGAGAGGCAUGUACGGCCCUGCACUUUACGGCUUCAGUCUUCUGGCUUACAACCUGCUGAACGAUUACAUGAGGUUUCUGGAGGAGUACACAAAAAGCAAAGGACGGUGUGUGUACUGGAUCUGUAAACCAGUGGAUCUCUCACUGGGGAGGGGCAUCUUUAUCUUCAAGGAUAUCAAACACUUGACUUAUGACUCGACAUUGAUCGUACAGAAAUAUAUAUGCGAACCGUUUCUCUACAAGUUUGACUUGCGCAUAUACGAGUGUCUGACUAGUUUCCAUCAUCUUACCAUUUACAUGCACCAGGAGGGCUUGGUGCACUUUGAGACUGAGAAAUACGACCUAGAGUCUCUAGACAAUCUGUUCUCUCAUCUCAAGAACACAAGCAUCAACAUGAAUUUUUUUUACACUACGGCUAAAGAGUCCGUCGGUCAGGGGUGUAAAUGGACCAUGAGUAGAUUCCGAAGCUUCCUUCACAGCCUCAAUCAGGUUCAUCUCUGGCAAAAGACCAGCAACAUAAUGACACUGACUCUGCUCACCAUGGCUCCAUCCGUUCCUUCCAGCACUAACGGCCUGGAGUCGCUUGGAGUCGACAUCCUUGUCGAUUCCAAAUUUAAGCCUUGGUUUUUAGAUUUCAGUUACGGUCUGGACUUUUUUUUUUGGACUGUCCAGUCAAUAUAAAGGUCAAAAAAGGUCUGAUGAAUGAUCCUACGG